CCUUUGAACUGUCUGUGUCGUUUUCAUACUUCAAUGAAUUCGACAACAUGCGUAUUUGGUGUUGAAGAAGACGGACGAACUUGAAUGAAUAUUUGUGGCAUAAGUGUACUAAAACCUUAAAAAGAACACUGAACUUUGUUAGAAGAAGGAAACUCUUGCAAUGGGUAAGAAAAACAAGAGGUCCACAGCAGACAAAGUGCGAAGGGACAAAAAAUCAACAGAAAAAAAGAUAAAUCCUUUUGAAGUCCGGAUUAAUCGUCAAAAACAUGUGAUACUAGGUCGGAAGUCUAAGCAUGACAAAGGCUUUCCAGGAAUUUCAAGAUCCAAAGCAAAUAACAAGAGAAAGGAAACACUAUUGAAAGAAUAUCUGAACAGAAAAAAAUCAAAUUUGUUUGUUGACAAAAGGCUUGGGGAAAAUGAUCCUAAUAUGUCAGUUGAGGAGAAGAUGAUGCAGAGGUUUGCAUUUGAGAAACAGAAAUCGCAUGAAAAAUCAGCAGCCUAUAACUUGAACGAAGAAGAAGAUCUGACCCAUUACGGUCAAUCAAUAGCCGAUAUCGAACAAUUUGAGGAUCAAGAGGAAAGUGACCAUGAUGAAGAUGGAAAAUUAAAUGCGGAUUACGUAGAACAGGAACAUUUUGGUGGACUGCUCACUCGUAAAAAGCCAGAGUCACAGGAAAGCAAACCAAAAAGCAGAGAGGAGAUUUUUGAUGAGAUAAUUGCAAAAUCAAAAAGAGAAAAGUAUGAUCGAAAACAAGAGAAGGAAGAAGUGACUGACAUGAGAGAGAAACUUGAUGAUGAGUGGAAAGCUGUCAGUCAGCUGCUAUCAAAAGCAAAAAGAAAACAAGAGGAUACCGAAGUGACAAAAUCUGAUGAUUACGACAUUGCCGUCCGAAGUCUGCUUUACGACAUGAAAGCCAAAGCUACAGAUAGAUUGAAGACCCCAGAGGAGAUUGCGAAAUUGGAAAAGCUUAGAUUGGAGAAGCUUGAAGAAGAUCGACAGCGAAGGAUGAAAGGAAUACUUGAGGAGGAUGUACAAAGGAAACAGGCCACUCAUCUAUCAGCUGACAGCCUAUGUGAUGGCUAUGAUCUGUCAAGUAACAAGAAAUCUGCAAAAAUGCUCAGUUAUCAUGAUGGUAAACUAGUGGACCCAAGCCUGCUUGGACAAGGAGAAAAGGAAAGUGAAAGUGAGGAUGAGGAAGACAACAUUAAUGAAGAGGAAAAUGAAGAUAAGAGUGAGAAUGAAGGUGAGGGUGAAAGUGAUGCUUCAGAUGAUGAGGAAGAUGACAUGGAAGACCUGGAGGAUGAGGAUGAUGAAUCAGAAGAGGAAGAAAUUGCAAAGGAACAAAUGGAAGAAAUUAUACAAAAAAGAAAAGAAACAGUAAAGAAGCGAAAAGAAGUGAUGGAGAAAGCGAAAAAAGAACUGCCCUUCACAUUCACAGCUCCAGAAACCUAUGAAGAGUUUGCACACAUUAUCGAUGGUCACACUACCCAGGAUGUACGCACCAUCAUUGAACGUAUCAGAGCCACCAAUCAUCCUAGUCUAGCAGAGGGAAACAAACAGAAACUGGAAGAGUUUUUUGGUCAUCUCCUUGUUCAUUUUUGUGAAGUUGCAAGUGACGAACAGCUUAACAUUCCCCUGUUAGAUAUUUUGACAAAACAUCUUUAUGAAUUAGCGCAGAUGUCACCAGGUAAUGCUGGUAGGUGUGUUCAUGACCUGAUUAAGGACAGGUACGAGGAUUUCAAAGGCACCACAGAGGGCAAAGGAAGGAUACCUUACCCCCAACCUGAUGUGCUCCUAUGUUUUAAGUUGAUAUCAGUCAUUUUUCCAACCUCUGACUUUAGACAUCCUGUUGUCACGCCAACACUAUUAUUUAUGGGUAAUAUUUUGUCAAGGUGCUCAGUACAUGACUGUCAUGAUGUUGCCAUUGGGUUGUUUAUGUGCAAUUUAUUCUUACAGUAUGUUUCUCUGUGUAAACGAUUUGUCCCAGAAGUGAUCAAUUACUUGCAUGGAAUUUUGUUUCUUGCAAAGGAGAAGAAUCCAAAUAGGAUAUCGCAUCAUGUGAUACCUCCGUUUAAACCUGUCGGAAAAUUCACAGAUAUACUUCAACUAAAAGAAAAUGCAGGCCAGAUAAAGGCUCUUGAACCAUUCCGACUAUCUACCGCUCUCUGUAGGGAGAGUUCCGAGAAAUUAGAAACAGAUCAGUUUAGGGUCAACGCUAUUGCUCUUUGCCUUGAGUUGGUUCAGAGUUUUGCCAUUCUGUACGAAGACCUGCCAAGUUAUCGGGAAAUUUUCCUGACCAUCAAAGAAUCAUGCUGCUCACAAGACAUUCCGUGGGAUGUUUAUCCAGUUGAAGUUAAGGAAUUACGAGAUCAAGUGGUUAGCCGACUUUCAAAACAGGAUGGACAGUUAAGACGCCCUUUAACCUCCGCAGAGAAGACUGUUCCGAUGUUGAAAAUGUUUGAGCCAAAGAUUGAUGAAAGGUUAGUAAAUUUAUAUCCCUUGAUUCAUCUAAUGUUAUUUUCAUACAUCUCAAUAAUUGACCUUUCGAAUUUGUCAAUCAAACCAGACAUUUUGACCAAUCAGAAAGUUCUAUUUAUUAGGCAUGUUCAGGAAUAAGUGCAUUACCCCACA